GCGUACCGGGGCUACCUGAUUGCUGAUCGUGAUGCUACCGGAGAAGCGGUCCGCCUACCACAGCAGCUAUUGAAUUCACGAUAACAUAACCUCACAAUUUCGCUGGACAUAUUCUCUCCUUCGCGAUCGUUUUCCACGUUUGGUGAUUUUCAGUCGUUCGUGAUUCGGUCCGUUUCCGUUCAUUUUCACCGUCAGCGUGCUGUGUCGUCGCCAUUCAAUCAUGGAUAUGGAAUUUAAAGAUGUGGAAAAUACUCCAACUGAUCAAAAGAGGCACAAAAUCCGUAUCACAUUGACUUCUAAGAACAUCAAAAGUUUAGAAAGUGUGUGCUCCGAGAUGAUUGCCGAUAUCAAAAAGAGGAAACUGCCAGUUAAAGGACCAGUACGUAUGCCAACCAAAUUCUUGCGUAUCACAACUAGGAAAACACCUUGUGGUGAAGGUUCAAAGACAUGGGACAGAUUCCAAAUGAGAAUUCACAAGAGGGUGAUCGAUUUAAAAUGCCCAAGCGAUAAAGUCAAACAAAUCACUAGUGUCAACCUCGAACCCGGUGUCAUUGCUGAAGUUAGCAUUGCUAGCGAGUGAUGUGUUUUUUUUUAUAAUAUAUGAUUUGAAUGGUACGACAACUAAUAUCAUGUCUAAUAAAAGUUAAAAAUUA